UUCAGAUGUAUCAUGUCCAACAAGAGGUUUUGUGGAUUAAUAAAUACGCCUAAAACCGCGACCAACGACGAAAAGCAUUUCUUUGGAUCACAGAAUACUCCCUUGUUUGAUAUUCCCACUUUCAAUUUUCAACCGACAUCAGAGGAGCAACUAUCGAAGCAGCAGAGCUUUGCAGCCAAAGACGUAGAUUUCCUGAAAGAUGGGCAACGAAUCCACAGUAGGCGCAACUCAGUCUCAGACAGCGAACAAUUAGAUGACUACUCUGGUGCCCCUCUGAAGUUAGCGGACCCACUCGAACACAGAGUCAAACGCCGACAUCACUCAGGCGGAAGUCACUUAAGUGAAGUGUCUCCAAGACAGCCCAUAGUUGCGACUGUAGAGCUGAAAACAGAUUACGACCCCGAUGAACUCAUUGACUCGCUAGAGAGCGUGGCCAAGUCAAUAGAUCAUAAUCCGACAGCCAACGGAAGUUUGUUUCCCAGUAAAAGUUUAUUUGACGAGAAUGAUGAUGAUGUUAAUAGUGUAGAUUUUGACCAUUGUAUCGACAACGAUGAAACCGAAACUAUACCCGAUGGCACGUCGGUUGUGGAAGAAAAAGCGAAAGGAAAAAAGACUAGAGGAAGAGUUAAAAUUAACAUUGAGUUAAUCAAAGACAAGGAAAGACGGUCGACUACGUUUAGCAAGAGAAAAAACGGCAUCCUAAAGAAGGCGCGAGAGCUCGCAGUGCUAACAGGGGCCCAGGUAAUGUUACUAAUUGCUAGCGAAACAGGACAUGUUUACUCAUACGCCACUGAGAAGUUAAGACCCAUAAUCCAGGGAUCGGAAGGCGAACAGUUAGUGCUGAGCUGUCUGAAAACACCUAAAGAUGCAGAAAAAGGAAUGGGCUCUAAGCCUAUCAAAAUGGAGGUGAUUCCUUGUGGCUCUCAGCAAACAAACACGGAAACAGUCAAUGGGAAUUUGAAUUCUUUCAAACCGAAACUAGAAGAUUUUUCAAUACCAAAGAAUAAUCGCAAACGAAAGUUGGACGAGCUGCGAGAAAUGCGAAAUGAUGCAAAUAAAUCGGUGCCUCUACCCAAUUCGUAUCAGCAAAUAUUGCACCAACCUGUGAAUGACCUAGUCCAGCAUAACUUCCUGGCCCAGUCCCAACAGAGCAGCAAUUCACAACACUUGUCUUCCAACAAUAAUCCACAAAACAGUAUCUCCAUCCAGCAGAUGAAUCAAAACAACCUACUUCUACGCUCAGAUCAGAAACAGAACUCAAACAACAAUGCACAACAGUAUACAACAAUCCUAGCCCCGCCUCAAAGGGUGUCAUCAAGUACGCCUCAAAUAUUUCUGACAAAUCAACCGACUGCCAUCUCACAUCACGGGUUAGUGCGCGAUUCGGACCAUCAUAUCCAGACUUACCCUACAGCUGCCGGUAUCCUAGACUCAUCGCUGUUAGCUCGAAACGGAACCAUACAACGUACGACUGAAGCGGACUCAAACAUAAUCCAGGCAUUCAUGAACAACUCCUUGCUGCAACCAGUGAGUCAUAAUCAACAAAGCGGAGUGACUAAUAUUGUUAUGUCCUCAUCGCAAAGACAUGUGGCCCCACAACAGCGUUACAUCUUCGCACCGUCAUCGUCAUCCGAAUUAUCUGCAGGUGCUCAGACAGUUGUCAAUCUCACAUCCGUACCCACUGUUCACGCCGUGCACUCCAACUCGGGACAAUUUCCGAGAAUCAAAGAGGAGUUCCAGGCGCAACAGCAAAUCGUAUCAUAUGCAAACUCCGCAGUAUCUGGACAUCCCUCCUUGGCGUCAUCGUCAGUCGGGGGAGGAGGUUUGAUCUCCCUGCGACCAGUACAUAUUGACCCGUCAGUUGCGAAUCUAGUGUCAUCGCACAGUCAUGGCGCAACUACAGUCAGUAUUCCGGCAACCCAUCUCCAGGUAUUGAACCAGUCCCAACCGCCCAGAAUCAGAUCUGUGCCUCCUGUCAGCAACAGUCGCGAUGGACGUCUGUCUCCCACUAGGACUUAAAAGGAACGAGCUUAUUUUCGAGGCUUUCGAGAAAAUUUUCAUAAGAGACAAGCAGAACAUCUGAUACGUAAGGAAUUUGUAACGAACGUCGCAGAUAGGUUGAAAUAAGAUUUGAAGCCUUUGAACUAAUUUAGAUGCUAUAAAAAAUCAGAUGUAUCUCGUUGUCUACCGUCGAAGAGCCGUUGAAGGGUCAUUUCAUCAAUGUUAUCAUAGCAUCGAAGAUCUUAAAUGUCUCUCAGAACUAAUCAAUCGUUUGCUAAUCUAAUCCUUUAUACUUUAAAUCCUAAAUAGUUUUUAUUUUCUUAUAUGCA